AUGGGCGCUGAAAGUAUUCCCGCGUUUCACGGAGACACGCUAAUUGCUUCUACUUGGCUUGAAGACUAUCUCAAGAACUCGGACUUUCUGCCACAAACGCAACAGUUUCAUUUUUUCAAGUCGAAGUUCAAAGACGAAGCCUUACGAUGGCUAAAUACAUUGCCGCUACCUCAACGGUCGAACUUCGCAGCUCUCGUUGAAGCCUUCAAACGAGAUUUUAUCAUCAAGCCAGCAGCCGAACGCAAGCAACGGGAGAAGAAACUCCGGAAACGGCAACAGCACCUUGAUACCACUGCGUCACCAUCAGUGCCUUCGCCUUCUGCACCAUUCGUUGCAUCUCCUGUCCCAGCCAUCAACGAAACACCCGCAAACGACUCUGUCGCACCUGCCACUAAACCACCACCGGCAACUUCGCAUUCGGCAGCACUCGCUGCAACCUCCACGCCAAGUCCAACGACACAUGGCUCAAUGCCACCCUUUAUGCCAGCAGACGCGUGCAACCAGCACCAACCAGCACCUAGUAUGCGACACGCGGACUCGCCAGUGUCGAGCGUCCGCGCCCAGAGCAUGCCAGCAAAUGCUGGCGUGGCUCGAAUGCACACGGAGAACACCAAGGCGAAGAGAGAAGGAGGAGAGAAGGAACGGGAGGAGGAGGGAAACAUCCUGUCAGUAAGUCGCCGUCUUGACUGUACCCCCAUCCCCUGCAACAAAGACGCGACACCUGACACGCCCUGUACUCGUGCCACCACGACACCAUCUUCCAUUUUGACGUCAUCCCCUUCGACUUUGAGCGCACGCGACCCAACACUCGACCAACAAUGUCCUACCUCGUACCACCACUCGCCGGCACCAUGUGCAAACGCCGAGCCCACGCCAGCAAAUGCUGGUGUGGCUCAAACGAAUACAGAAAGCAACCGGCAGCAGCAGGAGCAGUUGGGAGGAGGAAGUGGACGAACAAGCAGAAGGCAGGAAGAAGUGGGGAAGUUGGAAGCAGGAGACAGUUUGCAGGACACGGUGAGCACACAGACACGCGUCAACACGUGUCCACCAGUGGUACCAAGUCCAGCGCGACCUCUCACGCACGUUCCAACCAGCAGCAAGCACCCAGUACCACGGACGCACAAUUCGCUGGACACCACAACACCACUAAUGCCAUCCGCGCCACCAUUGCCAAAGACCACCACGCCGCGUCCAACGUCACCAACACCGUGUGCGAAUGCCCAGCACGUGCCAGCAAAUGCUGGCACGACUCGAACGAACGCGGACGAUGCCCAACGACAGGAGGAGAGAGAACGAGAGAGAACAAAAGAUGGACGAAGGAAGAAUGGAGAAGGAAGAGGAGGAGAGGAGGAGGAUGAUUUGCAGGGAGAUGGAAGAAUCUAUGAGGAGGUGAGCAACCUCAUUCCUGGCCUCGCUGUCGAACGGCCCAGCACCAUGCAACCACCCUUGAACACGACAUCACCCACGCCAGUACCACCCACACCUCCCAAGCAACACCGGCACCACUCGACGUCGAGCACUCGCGUCAACGACACGUCAGCAACAGCCAACAGCGAGGACUCACGAGCGCAUGCCAUCAAUGACCAGACACGCUCGCAACAUGCAAGCUGGGCUGAUGAGGUCGACGACACCAUCUUCUCGCCACAGCACACGCGUCCGAAACGCGAUUUUUUGGGUCUUCGCUCGUCGAACGCUGAUCCCUGGGCUAGCCUCCGAAAGCACCAGCGUCAUUCAACGACUCGACCACCACCAUGCACCCAUGCUAUGUAUUCUAAUUCAUUUUUUUUCAAUGUACCUUAUACUCGUUCUCGUUCUCAUUGGCAUGAUUCACGCUUAAGUUUGUCAUGA